GCUUUAACAGGUUGUCCAGGUGUAAAACAAGACAUAUGUGGGACGAGCGCAGUUCAGUUUCUAUUUCAUCUCCUGUCAUCAAAGUUGCAAGCUCCGGCCGUGCAUCAAAGACAAAGAAAAGGAAGGUGACAAUUAUGCGGAAUGAAGAAAAAAUAAAAAAGUAAAUGACCACGGCAAGAGCGACAAAGAUCCAACUACUUUCCUUUUUAGUUCAUGAGUAGAGGUAGCAACAUCAUCAAGGAAGUGUAUGUUUGAUGUGACACUGACAUGAUGGCGCCGACGAAAUCUUAGUGGUUCAGUGGACAAGCUCCUGUACCGCGACUCCUUCUUGGUUGAUCCUCGAAGGCUUCCGAGGACAAGAUGGCGGACGAUUCGGCACAACACCCCGCCUAUCCAACUAAGCCUUGCCUCGCCCCCGCACUCGACUUCUAUAACCACGGCUCGAAAAUCAAGAUGCAGAUGAAAAAAAGCAGAAUGUCAAGAUGCCAUUGAACAAUCAAUGGCCGCACCACAGUUAGAGGUACUGUUAGUGGCAUGAUCGGCUGUCAGCUGCAUGCCCGAAUAAAAUAGCCACAAGUGGGUGCGAGGGUAGGGGUUUUGAUUGACUUGGAUACCGCCGGGAGCACGAUGCUCAAUAAGAUGACAGCGGAAAAGGUGCCCGCUCGGCAAAAUGCGGAGCGGAAAAUGGAGGAUGGCAGCGAGGUGAGCUCGAGUUUUUACAUGGGGGAGUUUGAGGUGUACGGCACCAUGGAUGAACCUUUGUCGAAAUACGGUCCCCACACGCACUUCAACUACAACCCGAUAGCCUUAGCCAGUCCCUUUGUCAUAUGGGAGUGUCAGGAUUGAAAUCGUCAAAGUUGAAAUGAUUUGUCAUGCAUAAUUUAUGCAGAGGACGCAUUUUUCUUAUUAAAAUGCGAUGCAAAAAGUGACUCUAUUGCAGAGGACGCACGGAAGGCAGAUUAUAGUCCUGGCAAGGGUCAAAAGGUGGACUGCUGACUUGCAUGACAGAAGGCAGCUCUUUUGCCCUAAACCGCGUGACAGACUCGCUUCCAGGACCGCGAAAAUUUGUCAUGCGCCGACUACAAACUGUAGGUCUAACUGGUAUCGAUUUUAUGCAUGACAAACUAUUUCAACUUUGACGAUUUCAAUCCUGACACUCCCAUAUGUCAUCGGACGGGUCGCACACACCAUGUUUGCCAGCUGGGAAGUCUGGAAAAACGUCUUGAUCGUGUGGACGUACUAAGAUGAUUUUUUCUGUUUUUAUUAAAUUCUCGGCCCGGGGCCGGCGCCGGGCACGAAUAUGAUCAAGAACCAUCUUCAACAUAAGAAAAUAGUUGAUAUGGACGAGACGGAUUCCCAGCAUGCAUAGUACGGUUGUGAUUUUGUUUUUGAUAAAACUAACUAAAAAGAUUGAUCAGGGAAAUGAAAAGAGAAAAAAAAACCGCAGUAUCAUGGUUUUUGCCGCGGUCACAACUGCCAUUUUGACGAAGGACCCGAAGCUAUCAAAUGCAAAUAUGUCUGGGUCCUCUGGGACAUUGCAAGAUUUGUCAUGCUAUAGUCUGGCGUGACUCUGAGCUCUGCAUUGCAUGGCCGCGGAGAGCUCCUCCUCCCUGUCAUGCAAAAACGCAGUUGCUCAUGCAGAACACGCAACUCAGAACCAUGAAAAAAACUUGUCAUGCUUGGCAGCGCAUUAUAGUGAGCUCACUUCUCCCUUCCUUGCGUCACAAGUUUCCACACCCAGACAUAUUUGCAAUGCAUAGAAGCACGCACAGGAUCACGAGAUCUUGGACAAGAUAAUUGCGUUUUUCCGAGCUUUCAUUGCGUUUAUGUUGGGUUUAUGCAAUACAAAUUUCCCGUACAUGUACAACAUGCAUCAGAAAUUUCACAACCUUAGGAGUAGAAGCAAUUUGUCAUGCUGCUGAGAAUUUAAGGAAAAGUUUGUCAUGCAGAGACCGCAUCUCUAUGUGUACGGGAAAUUUCCUGUGGAUAGGGUUUGUACGUGUCCCACGCCGCUGGGAGGUUCCACACCAUCGUGAACGAAAUCAUCAACUUAUUCGACCACAUUCGACAGCUGCAAACGGACUUAAUCAUGUACGGUGUCCCGGAAAAGGAGCUGCAUAUCGUGAGUGAUGUUGUUCAACAUUUUCAGCUUAUUUAGAAGCUUUUUAUCACGAACACGAUGGCGCUUGUUGAAUUGCAUCGUGCUGCUCCCAACUGAAGAUUGAUGGUCAGUUAUAAACUAACUCAAACAUCAAUACAAUAUCAAUCUACAACAGAUCGAGCGGUACGGGGUCCUCUCCAUGCGCAUCUUCCACCAAGAGCUGAAGGAAAUCCACAAUGACCCGCGUAUGCGGAAGCAGGAGUGGAGCUAUUUUUUCGACGAUCUGGAGGAAAAGGGGUACCUGCAAGAGAAGGCGGAGAGAACGAGCCUCGAGAACAAUCUAGUUGAGUCCAACGCGGACUGCUCCACGCUGUGCUACCUGUGGAUCCAGAACCUCCUCAUGCGGCUUGCAGUGGAUGGCUACGUGCCGCCGCCACCAUCGCCAUCAUUCAACCAGCUAGUAACCGAGGGGAAGCGCCAACCGCUGGCAAGUAUCCAGCUGUGCAAACAGCUCACCGCGUUUCAGAUGCCGUUCGGGUACUACAUAAGAUGACUUCUGCGUAGAUAUCGUUUGAUUCAUCUUCGAGUUCAGCGAAUUACAUCCAAGAGCUCGUGGUUUAGUUAGAAAAAGACCUGCUGGAGAAAUGUGUUCAUGCUAGUACACCAGCGUUGGCAUGGAGUUUCAGUUACAGGAUGCUGCACCCGCUCCUGACCAAGAAUAAAUUGAAAAUCAUUUCAGCUACGCCCACAUGCUAGCAGUGUUGAUCCACUUGAACAACUGGCUGAUGGGUCUUUCCGCCGGAGUGGCCAUGGGCCUAUGCAUUUUGCAAAACAGCCGCAUCGCUUACACGCAUCUUGACAUGCUCAUGCAGGCGUAUCAAUACAUAAAAUUGAGUGCUGGGAUGACGAUGAACAUGAACUCAAGUAGCGAAUAAACGCUGGAGAAAGGAACAAGGGCAUGCAGCCUUGUUCAUCAUGGGAUGCCAUAAGAAAAUCUUAGGGAGGAAAAACAAGGAAGCAGUUUUCUUGAAAAUAAAAUUAUCAUGUCCACGAAGAAUAAAUGCGGCAGUUUUGCAAAGGAUAAGGCUUUAACGUGAGCAACUUUGCGCGACAACUGUUCAAGGAACAUCGUUUUCCGAUGACUCCGAUAACGAAUAUCUCGGCCAAGUUCCUGUACGGGGGUCUCUUCCCCUUCUUCUUCCAGGGCUUCUUGCUUUCGGCGCUGAUGAUGUCGUCGCCGUCCCUAUCAUGAGGAAAAAGAACCCCGUGCCAGCCCCGUGCCCGUACUUCUAAAAUACAUUGACGCUUAUCAUGCUGGAUUAACGAUUAGCAAGCUUUAGCAAGAAAACAAAUGCAGCAGCAGAUGCAUAAGCAUCUGGAUUGGUUGUUCUGGCUGCGUCGGGACUGCCGCGGGUUUUUCCUUUUGAUAGUCCCACCAUUUACCGAUCGCCCAGAUGAUCCGCACUCUGGAGCACGACCUGCUCGCGCAAGAGCACAUCGCGAAGCACCCGCACCUGUGGGAUCGCCCCUACCUGAAGCCGCCCCCGGAAGACAAGAAGAAAAAAAAGAAGGAUGACUCGGAAAAAAAGUAGGCGACACGGACUGUCGCGCAAAUCACUUGCUUAAAAAUACAAGUGACCAUCGGGCGGGUGGGAAUCAAGAACGAAGGACGAGAAUUUCGCCGUCCGCAAGAGGAGCCUACAUGGAUAUCUGUGGUUGAGUAAGACUGAUGAUCUUUCACUUUAACUAAAGUGCCGCCAAGAAAAGAACAAAGAAAUCAAAGAUUCUUUGACGUCGUGUCAGAAAAGCUCACAGCAGGUUCAAGAAUCGAAGUUGCGCCAGGCUUUGAAGGUGAUGUAGCAGUGUUAAUACAGAUGCACAUGUAACAAGAAAAUCGCACUCGUCUCGCUUUUAGAUAGUCUUCCUAGAAGAUACGCAUGGGAAUUGUAAUCGAAUGAAACACACGAGAAAUAAUUGACAGACGCUGGUAUCGUGGCAUGAUCAUGAUGAAUAUGUACUCUGUCUUCAACAUCAAGUACACACACAAAACUUUAACUUUAACUUUGUCAACAAGCCUACAAGGCAAAAAGUAGUCGUAGUCCUUCUUUUCUUCAACAAUUUGAGAAUACAGCAAAGCAAAGUUUUUCGGUGUUACGUGUAGGUUUUUAAAGGUCUGCUCAGUCGCAGCUCUACCAAAUGCAAAUGACGUUUCGUUUUUUAUCACCAAAUGAGCCUGUAAAAUUCUUCACUCCAACUUCAUAACGAACGCUUCUAAGAGAUUAAGGUAAAUGUGAACAGCUGACGAGAAGGAAACGCCUCGAGGUUCGUCUUGGUAUUUUGUGUUCCCUCUCGUGGAAUUGCUAAUCGUAGCCUCGCAACGUCGACGAGGAGUCUAACAGGAC